UGAAAUGCAAACCUAAGUGUAGCUUUGGACUUAAUGAGUGAAAAGAAAGAGAGAAAGCAACUUGUGGGUGUUUGUCAUCUCUUGCUUAUCGUCCUCUCCUUUUUCUUUCUCUUUCUCUCUCCUAAUCAAUUGGAGUUCAAUAUCUAUCUCUUUCUUUAUUUAUUGCUGCUUCUGCAACUCCAUCUCCUCAACAACUCUCUGUCUCCAACAUUUUUAGCCUUUAACACAGAGAAGAAGAAGAAGAACAACAAAUAAUUCAGUCAUGGAUGGCCAUCAAUCUACACGUUUGGACUCAGAUAGUUCAAAAGAACUUAAACCAGAAACUCGGACAUCCAAGAAAAGAAAGGUGGUUCAAAAGACAGUGGUCACUGUGAAGAUUGAAGCAAAUGAAGGGAAACAGAAGAGUGAAGGACCGCCUUCUGAUUGUUGGUCUUGGAGAAAAUAUGGACAAAAACCAAUUAAAGGAUCUCCUUAUCCCAGGGGUUACUACAAAUGUAGCACAUCAAAGGGUUGUUCAGCCAAAAAACAAGUAGAGAGAUGCAGAACAGAUGCUUCGAUGCUCAUCAUCACUUACACUUGCAGUCAUAAUCAUCCAGGCCCUGACCUUCCGACCACCAACCAGACUCAACAGGCAGAAGAAGAACACCAAACCCCACUCACCGAGGACCAUCCUACAACCCCAAAACAAGAACAAAAACAAGAGCAACAACCUCUCAUCAACGGUCAUGAAGGAGAAAGUGAAGAUCAAUUCCAUUACUCCAAGUCUCCAUUCAAUAGCUCCCAAGACAUCAUUAUCAAUCAAGAAGAUAACCCUUUUCCAGAAAACCUAGAGAGUACAUAUAACUCUCCAAGCGUCCUCUUACAUGAAGAGCCCCUCUCUUAUCCUCAUCUUGGAACCUUCACAACGCCCCAAUCAGAGGAAAAUGACUUCUAUGACGAGCUUGAAGAAUUACCCUCAUCUUCAUAUUUCUCAAGCUUCACGAGGAGCAAUUUCUUCGAGGAAAGGAUUCUUGUUCAUCCUUCUUGAUCUAAUAAGUGCGUGCUAGCUUUUAAUGCUUCUCUAUGUGACUUAAUACAAAAUGUAAUUAAUUGUUCAUAUACAAUGUAGCCAGUGCUGUAGUUCGUUAGCAGCAACUUUCUUGCUUCCAAAAACAUUAGAGCGCUUUACUGGUAAUUUCACAUAGUAUGUCUCAAAAGCAAUCAAACCCCAAACUGAAAAUACAUG